AUGGGGAGCAGGAGCGUGCUCGCGCUGCUGCUCUGCUUCAUCUGUCGCGGCCUCUGCCUUCGGGAGGCAGCUGGUCGGCAGGAAGGCCGGGGAGGAGGUCUUGUGGCCUACCAAAGGUGGCGGCUUUGGCAAGGGCCUCGGCGGAGGAGGAGGAGGUGGACUGGCGGUGGCCUUGGAGGGGGUGGCGGUGGUGGACUUGGUGGUGGGUUUGGAAAGGGAGUUGGACUUGGUGGCGGCAUCGGAAAGGGUGGUGGGCUGGGCGGUGGUGCCGGUGUUGGGUUAGGAGGGGGCGCCGGUGCCGGACUUGGUGGAGGCGGAGGGCUUGGCGGCGGUUACGGCAAGGGAGGUGGACUUGGUGGUGGCAUUGGGAAAGGAGGUGGGUUCGGCGGCGGUUCAGGUGGCGGCUUCGGCAAGGGUGGAAGCGGUGGACUUGGCGGUGGUUACGGCAAAGGAGGUGGGCUUGGUGGCGGCAUUGGAAAGGGAGGUGGAUUUGGCGCCGGAGCCGGUGGUGGCUUUGGCAAGGGCGGUGGGCUCGGUGGCGGCAUAGGGAAAGGAGGUGGAUUUUGCGGCGGCGCCGGCGGAGGGCUAGGAGGUGGCUUUGGAGGUGGAGCUGGAGGCGGUUUUGGCAAGGGUGGCGAUGUCGGAGGUGGGUUCGGUGGUGGCGCCGGCGGAGGAUUAGGUGGUGGCUUGGGAGAGGGCGCUGGAGGCGGUUUUGGCAAGCGUGGCGUUGGGGGAGGCCGAUUCGGAGGUGCCGGAGGCUUUGGAGGAGGAGGAGGAGGAGGAGGAGGAGGAGGCGGUGGGUUCGGUGGCGGAAUCGGCGGUGGAGACUGA